UGUCCCUCCCGUUGAAUAGAAUAGAAUAGAAUAGUUUCCUCCGGUAAACAUUAAAAAAAACACAGAUUCUUCUGUUGGUCUGCGAUUUCUUCGAUGUUCUUCGGUUUUGAUCUUCAGAUUUGUUUCGCUCGUUCUCUGCGAUGACUCAAUUUCUUUUUAAGAUAGAGGACAAUCUAUAAGAAGAUACUCGGGGAUCUUUUCUCGGCAAUGCGACGCUGGUUCGCCGCGACAUCCCUCUCCCGAGAGGAAUCCUCGUUUUCGCUGUCCUCUUCUUCUUCGGCGUCGCGUUUCCUCAAGUCUCUUCUUCUUCUUCUUCUUCUUCCUCUGCGUUCAGAUCCAAGAGAUGUCCGCUAAUUCUCAUCCUCCUAAUUCAAAAAACGUCCUCUGUAACGCAGCCGCCGGUGCCGCCGCAGGGGUUUUUGCGGCUACGUUUGUUUGCCCUCUUGAUGUUAUAAAAACGAGGUUUCAGGUUCAUGGGCUGCCCAAGCUCGGUGAUGCAAACAUCAAAGGUAGUCUAAUUGUUGGCAGUCUUGAGCAGAUCUUUAAGAAAGAAGGCAUGCGUGGCUUGUACCGAGGACUUUCCCCUACUGUGAUGGCUCUUCUCUCCAAUUGGGCGAUUUAUUUCACAAUGUAUGACCAGCUCAAGAGCUUUCUUUGUUCAAAUGAUGAGCAUCACAGACUCAGCGUUGGUGCUAACGUAUUGGCUGCUUCUGGUGCUGGAGCUGCUACCACAAUUGCCACAAAUCCUCUUUGGGUUGUCAAGACUAGACUUCAGACACAAGGAAUGAGAGUGGGUGUAGUGCCAUACAAAAGUACACUGUCUGCUUUAAGGAGGAUAGGUUACGAAGAGGGAAUUCGAGGAUUGUACAGUGGUCUUGUGCCUGCACUAGCUGGUAUUAGUCAUGUUGCCAUUCAGUUUCCUACAUAUGAGAUGAUCAAAGUCUACUUGGCCAAGAAAGGUGAUAAAUCAGUGGAUAAUCUCAAUGCUCGUGAUGUAGCAGUUGCCUCUUCGAUUGCAAAGAUAUUUGCUUCCACAUUAACUUACCCGCACGAGGUUGUACGAGCUAGGCUGCAAGAGCAAGGGCACCACAGUGAGAAACGCUACUCAGGCGUGAGAGACUGUAUCAAGAAAGUGUUUGAAAAAGAUGGGUUGCCCGGUUUUUACAGAGGCUGUGCCACUAACCUCCUAAGAACAACUCCCGCAGCAGUAAUCACUUUCACUAGCUUCGAAAUGGUGCAUCGUUUCCUUGUCACCCAUAUACCUUCUGAGCAAAGCUCUAUACUUUAAAAUCUAUUUGGUUUCUGAUGAUGACGACCAAAGGUUAAUUUACACAAUUAAAAAGGUUUACCCACUUUUGGGAGAUAAAUCAAAAUAGGAGUUCGUUAAUGUCUUUUGAUGGAGAAAACAGAAUCUUGUAAGAAUGGAUUGAAGUGCUAGAAACUUGAGAGACCCACAAAGAAUAUUAUAGUGUUACUUAAAAUUCUUUUAUUUCUCAAUUUUUGGUACUC